CAUUUUCAUUUUUCUUUCUGUACAUAAACCUGUCUCCUCUGCACUUGUCUAGUUGUGUUCAUAUCCUUAGCCUAAAUCAUUUGAAAACCCUAACACGGGGCUCAGCUUAGAAACCUUAUUAAAAGAUAUAUCCCAUAUUGAAUUGAAUUGAAUUGAAUCACAAUAGAAAAAACAAAAAAUAAAAACUAAAAUGGAAAUAGCAAGAAAAGCAAUGGUAGUUGGCAGCAAAGCAGCAAGCAACAACAUAGCUAUAAACGUGUUUCUUGGGAGUGUAUUUGCAGGACUGACAUUCCGAUCAUUGAACCAGCAGACACAAAUUGAAACCUUGGAAUCACAAAGGGAUUCUCUUGUUAAAUCCAACAAAUCAAUGCGACAAACCAUCUGGGAUUGGAAACAGAAGCUUUAUUCUGAUGCUUUGGCGGAUAAAAAACCUGUCGUUUCGCUUGAAAAACUGAAGUCCAUUUACGGCGAAGCACCCCAAGCUGUUGUAAAUACCGAGAAGAAAGAAGCAAAGGCAUCUACUGCAAAAAUCAUAAUCUGAAAAGGAUCGAUUAAGGUCAAUAGGGAGUUGAAGCAAGAAUGAAUAUCCUGAGGUCCAUUGAUCAUUUUUGUAUUUUAAAUAGAAAAUAGGUAGCAUUUUACUGAAUUACUGAUAAGCCAAUCCCCUGGACAAUUCAAUUUUACUUGACUUGAAUAACCCUUGUUGAACCUUAAAUCACGAGCAUGCCGAGUGCUAUGGAUUCUAUUUUUACCUGGACAUGUCAAAUACAUUUUGUUGUGUUUUUUCUUUAUUGUCUGUUGAACAAUUGUGUCAAA